AUGCCGUUUCUGCACUGCUUUUCAAAGGUGAUUAUGGCCUUUGUGGUGAACCCGCGCACCGCAUGCGCGCCGACGACGGAGGAGCGGCACGCCCACGCGCGAGGCGAGGUCACUGCCUUGGCGAAGUAUUGGAAGGAGAUGUACCGCGAGAUACCCUGCCUUCCCUGCAGCGCCCCCUUCUCCUCGCUUGAGGAGCUGAUUGAUAUGGCCGUGCAGGCCGCAAGCGAUAGCGAGGACGCUGUGAAGCCGGCGCAGGUGUUUGUUACUGGCUCCUUUUUUUUGCUAUCUGACAUUUUGACUUUGGCCAAGGAGCACGAAGCUAAGUUCCAGGCGCACGCGCAGGAGGCGUAA